AUGAACCUCAGCCUGUGGUGCAUUCUGUUUCUUCUGCAGCUCUUCGUGAGUGUGUCGGCCUUUCCGGAAGAGGUAGUCUCUCUUGCGCCUCGGUUCAAGAUCAUCAAGACUUCUGGCCUUCAAGGAGUCCUUGAGACACCAAGUAGCAGUACAGCACAAGCUAGCCAAGCUCUGCCAGCCAUGGAUGUCGCGCAGUCCUCUGAGAGCUCUGGAUCUCCCCCUAGUCUAGCUCAUCUGCGCACACCCUCAAGUACCUCCAGUGGGACGUGGGUCCGUACCAGGGAGGGCUUCUCGUCUUUGCAGACUCCUCCGCGUACUCCAGGUGCUGCUCACACUUCGCCACGUAGUCCAUCGGCUGCCAGUCCGCCACGUCUUCCCAGUCUACACUCGGAAGACUUUCUAAGCUCGUUGUCUAGUUCGCCACCUCGUGAUCGAGAGACGCCAGUGCGACCAGCGUUGCCCGCAAGGAAGAAAACAGCAUGGUGGAGCAAGAUGAAGCACGUCCUUCGCAAGCCUUUCAGGAAAUGUGUCGGCUGUGUCGGUCGGCCGUAG